UUAUCUAUUAAAAGUUUAAAUUACUUGGACUUUUACUUUCUAGCUUUGCAAUUUUUAGGAAAAUCGAUAGCAAGAUCUGUUUUUCUUUUAAAUGGACAAUUGGCCCGUGGGAAUGGUCCAAAGAAAAAACCAAAUAACGAAAAAAGAAAGAAACGCAUGCAGAAGGCCUUUGUUGAAAUAGGAAAAUUUUCGUCAAGCUGAAACUUGGUGACGCUUGAAAUUGUAAUGGUUGCUGCACUUUCUAGUUACAAUUUGCUCAGAUCAUUCUGAUAUAACCUCAGAUUACCGUUAUUAAAAACUGAGUUCGAUGUAGGGUUUAUUAAAACUGAGCUGUUAAAUUGCGACAUAAUCAACGUUGGGUUUUCUCGUGGGUAAGUGCAACUUGAAGUAGACUAAACUGCUGUCAGCACAGUGAACAGAUUGCAGAUUGCGCCAUAGGCUAUGCCGCCAUUGCGGCUUGGAUAAACUAAAGUAUUUUAGUACAGCCACAUUUCAGUGGCAUUAGCCAUUGUUGCCUUUCUUUUAGUUGUCUGCCACACGUGUUAUGUUUGGGAAACGUUGCCCCAUUACUCCCAUACUGCGUUCUUAAAGUUUUCAUUGUAUGCCAGUUUGAGGAUUAUCAAAAUAAACAAAUCAGCUUAUUUUUCGGCACUUCAUCGUCCGUUCUGGGAUUAGGUAAAAUAUGGGCCCUCAAAGGAAGAGAUUGCUCCUGUCAAAAAAUCUUCUUGAAAUGAAGUUUAUGAAAAGAACCAAAGAGAAAACAGAAAAAGAACUUGAAGAUGAAGAAAGACAAGCAACUUUUGCCAAUGAAAUCACUUCAGCUAUGUUGUCUCACGGGAGUAAAUUUCUGAUGGAGUCUAGUUAUGCUGCAUGUGAAAAACUAACAUUUGGGAGGAUGAGCUUCAAAGGGGCCAAUCCAGAAAUUGAAAAGAUAAUGAGAAGGUUUAUAUCACCACAACCACCCAAAGAAGAUUCUUUAUUGCAGAAUGAAAAAUAUGCUGAUGUGACAGCUACUGAGGUUGCACAAACCCUUUCACUCACAAAGACAAUUUCGAGGAAAUUUUCUAAACAAUCUCUCAAGAGAGGAUUCAAAAGACCGGCUGAAGAUUAAUGAGAAAUAAAUGUAAAGAAAAAUGUUGAUACAUGUAUUUCAAUUUUGAAUGAAA